UGUUACAGCUCUAUUUGUCUACACUUUGUUUUGAGAUGUACAGUGGAUACAUUUGGUUCAUUUUACUUCAUGCUCUCUUGAGUAGCAUUCCCUGUCAGACAGCAAUAUCCUGCAGGAAUGAGGCAGGGAAGCCUGUUGACUGGUUCAUCAUUUACAAGUUACCCAAGUAUAAAAUUGGGCACGAUGGAACUGGGCUCGACUACAUGUACCUGGACUCCUCAGUGACGAGCUGGCAGUUAAGUGAGUUUCUAGUUAAUACAAGUCAGGGAGCCCUUGGGAGCACGCUUGAACAGCUGUACAAGGGACCAGGGCGCGAGUCUAACAGCUCAGCCUAUGUGCUUUACAAUGAUGCCCCUCCCAAAGUCGAUUACCAAGGUCAUUACGGACACACAAAAGGAGCUCUGCUCUUUGACCAGUUUCAGGGAUUCUGGCUCAUCCACAGUGUUCCUCACUUCCCUCCUUUCCCUGAGAUGGGGUACUCCUGGCCUCACAGUGGCAGACAGAACGGCCAGACUGCGAUGUGCGUCACUUACAAAUAUGAACAGUUCACUCAAAUAGCCCAGCAACUCCUACACUAUAACCCACGAGUAUACAACUGCUCCUUGCCUUUGGCAUUCCAGUCAGAAAUGGCUAGUUUAGCCCUCCUUUGUGAAGGCUCUGCAUUGCCAUGGAUCUCUAAGAAGAAGGUUGUGCGACUGUUUUCAUCCAAAGGAGAGAGCUUCCUCAGUUUUGCAAAAUCACGCUACUAUGUUGAUGAUAUAUACACUGGUUGGGUUGCUCAGGCCUUGAAGACUACUCUGUUAACAGAAACUUGGCAGAACGAUGAUGUGCUACCCUCCAACUGCUCUCUCCCCAACCAUGUUCUGAACAUCAAGAGGAUCAAACUGCCCGGGCCAGUUGUGUUCAAAUCCCAUUACGAUCACUCCAAGUGGUGUGUGUCACAAAUGUAUGAGGACCAGUGGACAUGCCUGGGGGAUCUGAACCGGGAGGAAAAGCAAAUGUGGAAAAGUGGAGGGCUGGUUUGUUCACAGAACCCUGUCAUCUACGAAGCUUUCCGCUAUGCUGUGUCAUGGUACCAGAGUUGCUAAGACCAGCUGUGCCAGCAAUAGUGUUCAGUACACCUCACUAUUCAGUAUUAGUGUACUGUGCCUGUUCAUUAACCAAGCUGAAGGUAUGGUGAUUAAAGACAUUGUAAGGUAUAAAUAAAAAUAAAGUGUA